GGUGUGGGAUUAGACGUGGUCCGUUAAGUAGCGUCGCCGAUUAGACGCCAAGGCGGCGCGCUACAGGUUCCGGGUCGCUCCAAGGAUGGUCUUACGGAGGCUGCUGGCCGUCUUGCUGCACAGCCCGCAGCUAGUGGAGCGCCUGGCUGAGUCGCGGCCUAUCCGGCGUGCGGCGCAGCUCACUGCCUUCGCUCUACUGCAGGCCCAGCUGCGCGGCCAGGACGCGGCGAGACGUCUGCGAGGUCUUGGGGCAGGGCCCGCGGCUUCUCUGGGUCGCCGCGCUGCCCGCUUCAGAGACACCUUCAUUGAGGAGGUGCGCCGCGGCCUCCGGGAGCGCCCCGGGCCACCACAAGGUGGCCAGAAGGGUCGGGACGCAAACCCCUAAAUCCAGGUUUGGCCGGGCGGAGAUUUACUGCUUUCCCUUCCGGUCUGGACACGGGCCUGGGCUCUAAUGAGUGAUCCCCGGCACUGCGCAAAGCUUCGAAUCCUGACUCAUUUCGGCCUGUAGAGGUGCACUUAUCAGAGAACCCAGGCCAAACGGACAUCUUCGGUGCAGCCCUGAGAUCGGACAGAGCAGUGUGUGAAGAAAUACCCCGAAGCCUAACAGAAACGGAGGUAGGCUAGACCCUGAUUCUCCACGUACAGAGACCCAUGGACCGUACCACAGAGCGAAAGCCUGCCUUCUGCGAAUGGGACUAAAACUCGUGAUGCUGCUGCCUCUGCACUGAUGUAGCAUGGCACUCCAGAUGAGAUCAUGGAUGGAAAGACAACGUAGCGGGUGCCAAAAUGCUGAUUAAAUGUGCAAGCUGAGUAAUGGA